AUGGCCCCGAACCGCAAAUACGCCAAUUAUCCCGGCGCCCGCGAGGCGCCGCCCCAGCUCCACUCCGAGACGGACAAGGAGGACCAGAAUCCCGUCCUCCGCGGCUGGCCUCUCAUCGCGGGCUCGACCUUGCUCGCGAACUCGGGCGCCGUCCAGCGCUUCUUCUGGCGCAACGCAAAGUUCGGAUCCAUCAGGGACCUCCCCGGCCUCGUUGACUACAGAUACCGCUUCCAGCCCGAUGUCCUUGUCCUCUCCGAAUCCGGAACCCACCCGGACCCCCUCCCGCUGAGCCCGGAUCUCACCACCCCGGCACCUCGGGACCAGCCCGCCCGUUACCUCUCCAGCGCCGACUACCACGCGCUUUACACUUCCGGCGCCGCCACCCCGCUCGACGUCGUCCAGUCCCUCCUGCCCCUCGUCCGCCGCGCCGAGGGCCACCCCCCUCCCGAGACGGGGCCCUACGCCAACGCCUGGGUCGCCUCCCACGGCCGCGAGGACCUUGCCCUCGACGCCGCCCGCGCCUCCACCGACCGCUGGCGCCGCGGCGAGCCCCUGGGCCCCCUCGACGGCGUGCCCAUCGGCGUCAAGGACGACAUUGACGUACAGGGCUACGUCAGCCACAACGGCAUGCAGUACCGCCCCGACUUGCCGUGGUUUAAGCCCGCCGAGGAGACGCUGUGGCCGAUCCGCCAGCUCGAGGCCGCCGGCGCCAUCGUGCUGGGCAAGAAUGCCAUGCACGAGUUGGGCGGUGAUACCAAUGGCUGCAACCCCCGAUGGGGAACCCCCACGAACUGGCACAACAAGUCGUACUACCCGGGCGGCUCCUCCUCCGGCGCCGGCUCCGCCCUCGGCGCCGGCAUCGUCCCUAUCGCCAUCGGCACCGACGCCGGUGGCUCUAUCCGCAUCCCCUCGUCCUUCAACUCCGUCUACGGCCUGAAGCCCUCGCACCACCGCGCCUGCACCAUGAACUCAUCCGUCUGCGUCGUCGGCCCCCUCGCCGCCACCGUCGCCGAUCUCACCAUCGCCUACCGCGUCAUGUCACGCCCGAACCCGGACGACCCCGUCCAGGGCCUCUACACCCCGUCCGUGCCCCCCUCCCUGUCUUCGCCCUCGUCGUCGUCCUCCUCCCAGAAGAAGAAGAUCAUCGCCAUUGACGAGGCCUGGUGGUCCCGCGCCGACCCCUCCGUCGCCUCCGUCUGCCGUCGCGCCGUCGACCACUUCGCGUCCCAGGGCUACACCACGGUCCCCAUCCGCAUCCCUUACCUCCGCGAGAUCCAGCUCAUGCACUCGGCCGCCUGCGUCACUGAGAUGCAGGACCUCGCCCGGCACCGCCACCCGGACCCGGAGCAGUGGCAGUCCCUCAUCAACCACGCCAACAAGAUCACCAUGUCCGUCGGCACACAGACGCCGGCCGGCGACUAUAUGAAAUACGCCCAGCUGCGUGACCUGCUCAUGAAGCACAUGGCCUUCUUGUUCGAGGAGAACCCGGGCAUGCUUGUUGUCACUCCGACGACGCCGAUGCCCGGCUGGCCGCGGCACCCGGGCGACGACGCGUACGGCGUCUCGGACGCCAACAAGACCAUCGCCAACAUGAGCUACGUCUACAUCGCCAACGUCAGCGGCUGCCCCGCCGUCACGGCGCCGGUGGGCUACAUCGACCCCGUCCAGGGCGAGGGCAAAAUUCCCGUCGGACUUAUGGCCAUGGCCGAGUGGGGUUGCGAGGAACAGCUUCUCGACUGGGCCAGGGACGCCGAGACGUAUCUGCUCAAGGAGGGCCGGCAACGCCCCGAAGGAUGGGUGGACGUGAUCGAGGUCACCAAGAAUGGGGGGCUCGAGGCCAAGAAGAACAUUUAG